AUGGAAGCCUUCAAGAAAGUCGGAAACCGCGAGAACGCGCCCCCUAAACACGAAAUGGUGCAUUUCCCUGGCCUCAUGUCGGAAAAGCGCAGUUUCGGCGACUUUCGAACCGUCCUCCACACAGGUCUCUACUCUCAAAUCGUCGCCAUGGAGGUCCCCGUCAACGGCGAGAUUGGCGACGAAGUACACACUGUCGACCAAAUCCUCCUAUUUACAUCCGGUAAAGGGCUCGCGACGGUGAACGGCAAGGAUCAGGAGGUCAAGGCGGGUGAUGUUGUUGUCGUGCCUGCGGGGACGCAACAUCAGUUUGUGACGAAGGGGGAUCAGCCACUCGAGUUGAUUACAGUGUAUGCGCCUGCAGAACACUUGCCAAGCAGUGUGCAUAAGACUAAGGAGGAGGGUGAUAAGGCGGAGGAGGAUGGGAUUGAUGAGGCGCCUGAGUGGGCGUUGAAACCAAAGGCUGAAAACGAGAAGAAUGGGCUGGUUAAGGAGAGUGGGAAGUAUUAG